AUGGAUAAUGUCACAAGUGAACCCGGUACGAUCCUAAAUCUUAAAACGGGAUACGACCUUCCGGUGUAUGGUUUAGCUAAUGACACGUUUUAUUAUGUCCAUGUUCCCGCGCUCCACUGCAUUUUCGGCAGCCUUUUGUGUGCAGUUGCUGUCCUAAUAUUAUCAUUUCGGCAUAAACAUCACAACACUUUUUUUAGUUGGACUAAGAGUGAACGAUUUAUUGUCUAUCUAGCAAUUUGUGAUGGUGGAUUUAACGUGUUUCACAGUGCCGACCAUUUACAAUACGUCAUUGCAAAGGACCAUGUUCGUCCAAAAGAGCUAUGUGAAUUUUACGGUGUAGCUCUAACUGAAUUUAUUACUGCCCAGAACUUGAUGGUGAAUAUUGUUGCUAUUAAUGCUUUUAUCAUGAUGUAUUUUAACAAAAACCUCGACUUUGGCAAAUACGACUGGAGGGUACUAGCAUGGACGUUUGGCUUGCCGUUUGUCGGCGGCAUGGCUGCUGCAGUUAGCGGGCAGCUGGGACCAAACGGAGUCUUUUGUCACCUUGAUGCAAUCAAGGGCGGUAUAUCUUUCAUAUCAAUGACAACGGUUCCUCUCGUAAUUAUAUUCACGGCUAACACCGUCCUGUACGUACUCACAUGGGGAAAGAUCAAACUGCAUACGUCUCGUAUGUCACGGUCGUUAAAGAAUGCCAAUAUCGAAGAAAAAUCACAUUGCGCUGCAAGAAACAUGUCAAUGUUUGUUAGCGCAUUUUUCAUUCAGUGGUGGGCGGCUGUAGUUUUCAGCGUGUGGCAGCUGGCCGAACCACGUGUUCCACAACCGUUGAUGCAUGUUACAACAAUUUUCAGUAACCUUGGCGGAUGUUUGAACCUGGGAAUCUACAUAAUAAUAAGGCGUAGGACAAUCAGUGGAAGAAACAGGGACAUGAGGCAGGACACCAACCAGACGAACAGCAAAUCGUCUAUCAUGGACUGUUCCAGCCAUGCUGAAGAGUUGUGUAAUAUGUAAUGUUCGUACUCAUUAUGUGUAUACGAAUGUGCUUUGUAACAGGUGUGUUUUUGUCAAGCCAGUAUAUUAUUAAAUUCCUAUGUUUCCAUGUCCGGGCGACACUUUACUUCGGAGUAUGGCUUAUUAGUUCAAUACUCUGUUAUAAUAAGUAUAUUAUAUUCAGUCAAACAGAAUCUUUAUUUAGAAACUUUUAGCAAGACAAACAUUAAUGUUGUUUAUUCCCAUUAUCCUAAUUAAUGCUUAAACAAUAUUUUUGUAUUAGGUAGGUAUUCUGAUUUUUAGGUGUGCGAAAAAAAAUGUAUCAUAUUUGUAAAAAAUAUUUAGCGGUGAUUUAAAUAUCCUAAAAGUUGAAUAUUUAAAUUCAAUUUCCUUCUAACUUGCUAUUGCCAUAUAACAAAGCACAACGAGAUUGGCAAAACAAUUAUCGAAAAUAAGGUUUAACAAGAAAUUAAUAUAUUUUAAAUUCAUAACAAAAAAAUGGUAGCCACAUUAUAAAGAAGGUAGAUUUUGUGUUUUAUUUACCUUUUCAAAUUCUAAGUCGAUGUGAGUUACUGCUAUAUAACCUAAAAGGGGAACUAUUUUAUUUAAUUUUCGGUAAUUUUACAUUGUAAAACAAAACAAAGAGCCGUUUCGUUGCAAAUUGCUGUAUCUGUCAGGUAGCUAAUCAUUUUCAGCAUUUAUUAAACAUGUCAGAGGUGUCGAAAAACAGUUUCAAUCUUUCAUUGAAGGCCCAGUCCCAUUGCUUAGAUCGACCUUACGUUUCAUGUGCAAAAAUGUGUCACUUUGCAUUCUAUGUAUACAUGUAAAAAAAACUCUGAAACUCGAAACAUUUUCAUAAUUUCGCAGGUAUUAUUUUUCACGGAGUCUUAAAGGUUUUAGGUUAUUCAGCAAUGUAUUUAUGUCAUUUGUAUGUCAACUUAACACGAAAUAUUUCUUGUUACUAACUUCGUAAGUAGCAACGCGAAACCUUGACAUGUUAAACUAUCUGUUUAAGUGAAUAACUAGUUAAAAUUUCGCGUUUGUCCAUCGUAAAAUACAGUAAUUUGUAGAAUUCAUACCAUUAAAACUUAUACAAGUGACUCAUAUUGCGUAUUAGUAAGACUUUUUUCUGUAUGUCACUGUUACCUUGACCUACAGGUCCCAGAAACAUCAGGGGUCAUCUAGUGACCACAGGCAUCCUGACUACUGUAAACCUAUAUCUGUUUUCUAUUCUCCAGUGAUAGGAGACAGUUUUCAGUCUCGCAGUUAUUGUGACCUUGCCCUUUGA